UGUCAGUUGCGGUAAGACAGGAAGAGCAUUAGUUACUUGUUUGCGUUGCAUUAGGUAAUGAUUAAAUCGAAUUGAGAAAGGAAUAAUGAAAACGAUUCCAAUUUCACACUGAAAGAGAAGCGUUUUAAAUGAAGGUAGCCAGUUUUACUGCCCGGGUACUCUGCUGAAUCAUAUGCCGAGUCAUAAGAGGAGUGAUUUAAGUAACUUCACUUCGGACCCAGCCCCAAAAUGACAACAUCGGUGUUUUUCGGCUGUACGUUCAUCGCGUUCGGCCCGGCAAUCGCAUUGUUCAUUUUUACAAUCGCCCGAGACCCGCUACGAGUUAUCUUUCUCAUCGCCGGGGCCUUCUUCUGGCUUGUGUCUGUGCUGCUGUCGUCUCUGGUGUGGUUCAUCGCCGUUCAGAUCAGUGACAAAAACAGCGCCUCCCAGCAGAAGGGCCUGCUCGUGUUCGGGGUGGUGCUUUCUGUCCUGCUGCAGGAAGCCUUCCGUUUUGGAUACUACAAACUGCUGAAGAAAGCAAAUGAAGGCCUUCUGGCUCUCAGUCAAGAAGACACCAUGCCCAUCUCUAUGCGUCAGCUGGCCUACGUGUCUGGAUUGGGGUUUGGGUUUAUGAGUGGAGCAUUUUCGGUGGUCAACAUUCUGGCAGACUCCCUGGGCCCUGGCACUGUGGGUAUCCAUGGCGACUCCCAGCAUUACUUCAUAUCUUCAGCCUUCAUGACCAUGGCCAUCAUCCUGCUGCACAUGUGCUGGGGGGUGGUGUUCUUUGAGGCCUGCGAGAAGCAGAGGUGGCUCUCCCUGGCCGCCGUGGUUGUCAGUCACCUGCUUGUGUCCUGUCUGACAUUCCUCAACCCUCAAUACGAAGGCAGCCUUAUACCAGCAUACAUGAUAAUGUUCCUGAUGGGCGCGUGGGCCUUCUCCUGUGCUGGGGGAUCUCUCCGUAACCUCAAACUCUGCCUCACCUGCAAAGACAAGGAUUUCCUCCUGGCCAAUCACCGGCCCAGAUAACACCAGAGAGCAGCACGGGGAACUCUUUCUAAACACAAAACAAGAAGAAAAGGACUGUUUCAUACAAAGUCAAGAAUGCUCUGGUACAAUGUAAUCUAGUUCUUUUGGUUUAUAUACAUAUAUAUACAAAGUUUUAGUAGUUUUGUUGGUGGUGAGGUUCUGUGUAGGUAGAUAGGCACUGGAAGCUGUGGUGUGCUGGGUAGUGUCCGAUUGGGUGAGGACCCCAGGUGAAUCCCAUUGCUGACCCUUUAUCUUCUUGAUGUGAUGGGAUCUCCUGUGUCUCAUACCUCUUUUCCAUGGAGGAGCAGGGAUCAGGCAAGCUUGAUCUGGAUUCAUAGUUGGCUGACCCAGUAUGGCACAGUUGCUUUUUUAAAAUUGCAUUACUUGCUUCCAGAGCAAUGAAUACUGGGGACUCUUCAGGUUGAGGUGACUACCUGUUCUUCAUCUGCAGUGCAAGGCUGAGGUUUUCCUGAGUUAAAAUUAAGGCUCUUUAUGACUUAUAUCUACCUCUAGUUGUUUGCUGUGAUCAGCGAUGGUGGUGUGCUCUUUUCUUCCUCUUCAGGUUUCUGUUACCAGUUUUUAACACUAAUGCUGACAGAAGCAAAUUAGAUCUGCAGCUUGCUUGUCCGUGGGUCUUUCGUUAAGCCUGAAAAGGAGGGGGCGGUGCCAGUAACGCUGAGCAGACAUGGGUCAGAAAGAUUAGAGAGAUCUUGGAUAACCAUGCAGAGGUUGAAGCAAGCAAGCCUGGUUCCAGCUCUGUGGUGGAAAGGGGGUAUUGGGGACCUCUCCCUUUCACCUUUCAUUUCCUCAAUGGGACACUCCCUUCGGAGGUGGCGCUAGUGGUGCUUACCCAGCUGCCUGAGUGAGGGGUUUGGUAGGCCUGUGUCUGAUUGCUUUACAGGCACUUACAAGUGCAUGUGGAGCUGCUCUGGGCUACAGUAACACCUGGGUUAGCCCUCCAAAUUUCCAUAGUUUUAGUCAUCAUUUUACAGUUUAAUCAUGAGCUGUUCCCCCAUCUCAGAUCAUCACUUUCAUCUCGCAUUUGUGAUAGGAGCCCGUCCCUGGGCCAGUGUGUGUCAGGGCGGCUCAUUUUAGAAAUUUAGGUCGAUUUUCCUGUGGAAAUGGUAUUUCGUUAAUACCACUUUGAGUUGAGUCUUGUUCUUUCUCUCUCUUUCUGUGCCUUCUUUCUGCAUUAAAUAGGUUCAUGGCUUAGUGUUUUCACGUUUGCUUCCUAAUUGUACACGACUGUCCCUAGUGACCGAUCUCUAAUACAGAGUACCUCAGAUAACUUAAGUUACACUUUCCCCCCGUGUGCCCCCAUCCAGUCCCCCACCUCAUUAGUCCAGUGACUUCUCCAUUCUCCUGCUGUCUGACAGGGUGUACACUCAAUGUUUUGUUUGCAUAUGGACUAAAAUUUGCAUCCUAUUUGUUAAUGUUUGACUUUUACUGUCAUUCUUCUUUGUAAAAAUAUGUUAUAUUUUUUUUUUUCAUAAG